GAUACAGCCAUAACAGAGGGACAUUUACUUUCCCAUAAUGCUCAGCUAGAGAUGUGCCUGCCUACUGUUGUUUCAAACAUGGAGGAGAGGGAACGAAGAGAGGAGAGUUAUCCGGAAUCAGACAGUAAAGACAAAUCCCAGCCGGUUUCUAGCACUCCACAAGGAACUGAAAAUGAUUCGAGUACGAAUCGGGAUAGUAAAGAACACGACUUUGGUGCUGACGAGGACGUCGGUGCUAAAUUGGACGUGAGCUCAGAUAAGUUUGAUCCACUUCUGGCCUUGUACUCGCCAACAGUGACUCUUCCUUUUCCUAACAUCAAGUGCUUCAACAACAUAGCCGAGUAUGAGAGUUUCCUGAAGGGGGGACGGGGCAGAGCAAAGCCGGAGAAUGUGGAGAAAAAGAGGCGUAAAGCCAGUAAGGGGGUGGCGGACCCCGAGCGCAUUGAGAGACUGAGGAAACUCAUGGUGCACAACGUUCCUGAAGGAGACGAAGGCACCAGUCAAACUCAGAGGUCUAGAAGGCACCAGAGGGCUGCUAAAAAUGUCCUGACAAGGAUGCCUCUACAUAAAGGUAGUCCACUGGGACAGCUGCACCGCUGUGUCGAGGAGAGGAUAAGGGUCAAAGUUCACAUCAGAACAUUCAAGGGUCUUCGAGGAGUGUGCUCCGGCUUCAUAGUGGCUUUUGAUAAGUUCUGGAACAUGGCGAUGGUGGAUGUUGACGAGACGUACAGGGAGACCCUUCUGGGAGAGGCCUUCUACCAUGAGAAGGCCCUCACCGUCACACGGCUGAUGGAGAAGCUGAAAAUCCAGGAGAGCCCAGAAGGGGGUGAGAGGAAGCACACAGGCAAGGGCAAACCCAGAGCCCUGCAGCCCCAGCCUCAGCCCCCAACCGAGCGCCAAGCGGGCCAGAAGAGUGCUUCCCAGCCCUACGGGAAGGUCCACACACGCCACAUCAACCAGCUCUUCAUACGGGGGGAGAACGUGCUCGUGGUUAACCUGCAGCCUUGCUGAACACGCUGGCCUGGUGGUUAACCUGCAGCCUUGCUGAACACGCUGGCCUGGUGGUUAACCUGCAGCCUUGCUGAACACGCUGGCCUGGUGGUUAACCUGCAGUCUUGCUGAACACGCUGGCCUGGUGGCGUAGCAUGAGGGGAGUGCUCUACUGAACGAUCUACUUUAUAGAGACUUGGAUGAAAUGUGUCUCAUAUAUCAUAUUGAUAUAUGCAUUCUGUUUCCUGCAGAUGACAUAUGUCAUCUGACAUAUUUCAUCUGUAGAUUUGUAUCCCAAUCAUGUGAUGUGAUCACUCUCAACAGACAGUCUCAAUGGGAUUCAAAUGUCAUCCUCCAAAUCCAAUAAAAUGUCCCACACCCGUGGCUGGUGAGCGCCGAGUCAGGGUAGGGUGGACCUGUCAUCCAGCAGGUGGCAGUAUAAACGCGCGUGAUGAGAGAGCGCAUGAGAGCUUGUCCCAUUAUGUGCUCUUUCCUUGUCAGUUUGAUCAGUGAUGGCAGCACGGUCUCUGCGGACCUCAUGAAUGCAUUAUGAAUAAUUGAGUUUGUGAAGUUGGAGAUUGCGGAUGGCACUCAGAAGCUGUUAUUUGUCUUGACGUUCCAGAUUGCCUUUACUCUUUAAUGGGCACAUUAUCCAUUAAAGCACACGUUCCUGCAUCUGAUGGAAAUAAAAAUAUGUAAAAUAAAAAAAAAAGGUUAAAUGAGGAUUUUAGAGGCACGCACAUUGAAUGGGACAAAUUCUAGUGUAAAGGUUUCAUUUAGGAUUACAUUUAAGACUAAAUGUCCUGGUUUACUUUCCCAUCAUUUCCUAUUCAUCUUUUGUUAAUAAAGGAAUAUAACAGUCUU